AUGGACUACGAGGAGAUCUCGGCCGCCCAGGCUGCGAACCAGGAUGCUACUAAGGAUAUGUCGGCCGAUGCCUUGAGGGCGCGCAAUGAGGCGGUUAUGGCGUCGCCGCUGUACAAUGCCCAAUUCGUGGGCGACGAUUUGACAAAACACCUGGAUACGGAGGCUGGGGAUGUCUACGAUCGUGGUAUCAAGCACUUCAGCCGUCUGGGCUGGAAGCGCCUUACCGUUGUCCUGAUUGUCGAAGCCAUUGCGCUAGGAAGUCUCUCUAUCCCGUCCACCUUCGCCACCCUCGGCAUGGUUGCUGGCGUAAUCUGCUGCGUUGGAAUCGGUCUCAUCGCUAUUUACACGAGUUAUAUCAUCGGUCAGGUCAAACUUGCCUACCCCGAAAUCGCCAACUACGCAGACGCUGGUCGCGCAAUGGGCUCUAAGCUCGGAUGCCCUCGUUUCGGGUACGAAUUGAUCAAUGCGAUGCUGGGCAUCCAAUUGCUCUUUCUCACGGGCUCCCACUGCCUGACUGGAACAAUCGCGUGGCAGAAUAUCACCGGCAGCGGUAUUUGCUCUGUGAUUUUCGCUGUCGUCUCGGCGAUUAUUCUGCUUUUGCUCGCGAUCCCGCCUAGUUUCACCGAGAUGGCCGUGUUGGGCUAUAUCGACUUCGCCUCGAUCAUUAUCGCGAUCGGUAUCACGAUUAUUGCAACUGGUGUGCAAUCUACCGAUGCCCUUGGAGGGCUGAAGGCCGUGGAUUGGUCUGCGUGGCCUAAGGAAGGCCUCACCUUUACCGAUGCCUUUGUCGCCGUCACGAACAUCAUCUUCGCUUAUAGUUUCGCUCUUUGCCAGUUCUCUUUUAUGGACGAGAUGCACUCGCCGAAAGACUUUGUCAAGUCCAUUUGGGCUCUGGGCAUCGUGGAGAUCAUCGUCUACACCCUCACUGGUGCAUUGAUCUACGCCUUUGUCGGACAGAGCGUCCAAAGUCCCGCGCUUCUCUCCGCCGGUUCACUAGUGAGCCGCAUUGCAUUCGGUAUUGCUCUGCCUGUGAUUUUCAUCAGUGGCUCAAUCAACACCGUUGUCUUCGGGCGUCUUGUUCACGGCCGCAUCUUCGCGAACUCGCCUAUCCGCUUCAUUAACACGAAGAUGGGUUGGUUGACGUGGUUGGCCGUUAUCACCGUCGCGACGAUCCUGGCGUUCAUCAUUGCGGAGGUCAUUCCUUUCUUCAACGAUCUGCUCUCGAUCUCGUCUUCGCUGUUCAUCUCUGGGUUUACCUUCUACUUCCCUCCCAUGAUGUGGGUGCUGCUUCUUCGCGAGGGCAGCUGGUUCACGCCUAAGAACAUGAUCCUCGCCGUGGUCAAUCUGCUCACCUUCAUCAUUGGCUUGGUUACGCUGGUUGCGGGAACAUAUGCUAGUGUUGAUGAUAUUAUCCUCAAGUACCGCGCCGGCACGGUCCAUGGUGUCUUUACUUGCGGCACACCGGAGUAA